AUGCACCUCGGAAUCCUAACCAUUGGUUUGAAUUUGAUAUUCCUUGUGCAAUGUAAGUAGGUUUGAUUAAGAUCGAAUAAUGCAUUCACUAUAUUGUCAAACAAUAAAUAGUACCCCAUUUAAAGUGCACGAGGUAUAUUACUGAAUAGUUUUUUUUUUAUUGCGAAAGGACACAGAUAAUGAGUCAAUAUCAUGCCUGCCCAAAUCUGUGUAAAUUUUCCGAAACAAUUAACCAUCGAGACUAGGGUUCUUUAAGUGUUAUUCCAGGUGCGUUCUUCUGCGGGUUCUCUACCCCCCCCCCCCCCUUUUUUUUUAAAACCCCAACCAAGAUGAAUAUUUUUUGGGGACGGUAUCAGCCAUUAGGGUCACCAAAAGGAAGGCACCGUCGAUUAUUUGUCUAGCGAUGUAUGUCCAGUACACAAGUUAUCAGUUGUGUUAUAAAAAUGUUUCAGAUCUCUUUCAAGUCCGUAAAAAUUACUUUUAGCUGUCUUAAAAACAUAUCGCAGAUCCAUUUCAAGCCUGCGUCACAAUUUUCUUAUGUUCACAUUUGAAAACGCUGUCUCCAAAUUAAAAAAAAAAAUUUGAUGUUAUCAUCUCCGAUUGACGUGCAUCUGUAAAAGUUUGGUGUUAUUUCACACUAUUUAUCUCAUUUAAGAGCCAAAUUUUUUUUUCGCUAAUGCAUUGUCUUUGUGUUAGCAUAAACUUACACCUUUGUAGACAACUUAUUUCGUUUAUAUUUUGCUCUACAAAUUACAAUAAUAGCCCCUAAUGGAAAAAGGGGGAGGGGGUAUUUUCCAUUUCUUUAAAAUAAAUUUAACUUUUCAUUUUUCAAUUUCAAAUUUUUUACAGGUGCCGUAAGCUCCCCGUGUUUCUUUUGGACAUCGGCCCUGUACAGCAAUGGCUACUGUUAUAAAUUUGAAUCAACUCAGUUGAAUUGGACGGACGCCAAGGUAAUUGGUUAUAUCAACGUGGAACAUAAAGGAAUACCAAUUAAUCCCAUUUUUUUUUUACAUUUUGAUUUAGAUGAGCCAGUCUUCAAUCAUAAGCAGGAUUAUGAUAUUUUUUGGAAACAUUGUUUUAAUACAUGUCUCUAAAACUUUAUUGAAAACUUUCCAAAUUGUAUAAUAAAUUUCUGGUGAUCAGACAGUGAUAUUGAAGGCACUGUAAGUUCAUUUAAUAUCUAUUGCUAAGAUAUUGAAACAAAAUUGUAGUUUUUAAAAGUCGACUGAAUAAAUAUUAACAGAUUACCAUUUUCAGGCAUAUUGCUCCGGUAGCAUUUCACAGGCGAAGCUGGCAGACGGCGACAACGCAGACUGGGAUUACGUAAUAAGAACUAUAAACCAAACAAAUCAAGGUGAGUAAGAAUCUAUUUUUUUAACCCAUUUAAAAAAAAAAAGGAUUAAUAAGAUAAUCUUCAUUUAAUGAAUUGAAUAGAUUAACUUGUUGUUAAGAAGUUGUAUGUAUAUUGUGAUUGCUUGUUGUUUGGAGAGUAAUUGGGUAGAUGUUGCUGUUAAAAAUGUUGGUAUUUUGUGACGUAUUUUGCGUAAAGAGAAAUCACGUAUUUUUGGCUAAGGUGUUGUGAUUGAUUAAUGGCCGCAGUUGACAAUGUAGCUUUUUAGAUUUUCGGUUAUAAAGAUACUUUCUUCUAUUAUUUCAAUGGUUUAUGUAGUUACUAUAACCCCCCUAGACAAACGAAGCCAUCGAAUCUGGUAGGAUCGGGUUCAUUAAAAUUGUAUGAAUAUUAACUUUCAUGACAAACAUAAAUACCUAUUUCAGCCAAGACAACAUUUUACAAAUAUAACAAAUUAAACACAAGACAUCUAAAGUAUUUCUCUAGCGUAGAACUCAGCAAUGAUGUACCCCAUUUUUUUUUAAAACUAACCCCCUAAGUGACAUAAUGACUUACUUAGUAAUCAUUUAUAUUUGAUAACCACUGGGACGGAACUCUGGUACAUUCGCACAGACUAGGGGGAAAGAAGCAUUUAAUGUAUAUUUCGGGCCUAACCUUAAAGGAAAGAAUUCGCACUUUUUGAGAUGAUCCUAGGCAUCUUCGUACGCUUUUCCCUCUAACUGGCCAAACGCGUGAUCUAAAAACAUUUUUAUUUCAAUCAUUCGUACUUUUACUAUUACUCAUCCCAUCUUUGUUGCCUCCCUUGUCAGUGCGCUCCAAACUAUGUUAAACUAUUUAAUGUAUCCAUUCUUUUAAAUGUAAAAAUCGAUGGACUUAAACAUAAUGUUUUUCCUCCCAUCAAAUGUACGCUUUCCUUACAUACCAACGAUCCUUCCUUGCGUGCUUUAUCCCAAACAUACAUUAGAGCCCGGUUAUGUCGACUGCCUCGGUGUAUGCCAAACAGCGUUGAGAUAAACUAUGAUCGAAUAAACGAAAACCAAUAUCACGGCAAUAUAUUAAACACAUGUGCGUGAACUUUUUUCACGAAUAUGAUGUGCGUUAAUAGAUGAUAACUUACAUGCACAUAUUUUUUGGAGGUUUAUUUAUUUUUUUGACACAAAAUAGUGAUUGCGAGUUGUUCGAUGAAGCGAUAGGCAUGCUAUAAAAAAUGUACAUGCAUGUUGGCUAACAACACAAGGCAUAUGCGGGUGCCACUUUUUCGGAUUAUUUCGGAAUUCCGGACUCGUCAGGCUGAAUAUUGUUCAGCUCUGGAUUCACGAGUUUUCCCAUUUCCAUCAGCUCCGGAUUCACCAGUUCAGUUUAUUGAAAUACGGAAUCUUGGUUUUUAAAGAAAUAAUACAUGUGUUAGAACGCGUGAAAGCCUAUUAAGCAACAAGCGGGUUCGCUAUAGGUAGAACAGGCACUACGACCUCUCUCUUUUGUUUGCAAGACUCUCGCUCCUCGCUUCUUGUUGUGUCAAGUUAAUUGCGCGCAGUGAUUAUUUCAGAAAUUUUCCCCGGGUGGCACUUCAGAUUUUUCGGGGGGGGGGGGGGGGGGUGCCGGAGGGGGGUUGGUAGAGGAAAUAAGACAUACCAGUCAGGGUGGGACAUACCAGUCNGGGGCACAAUAAAACACCCCCCCCCCCCCGAGAUAUAGCUGAAAGAAACCCUGAUUGCGCGGACAAUGAUAUUGUCAUUUUAUUUUAUUAUAGUUUGAAGUAGGCACGUUUCAGUUGUAUAUAUUUUCAAAAGCCAGCGAUUGGUCAUGGUGAUCGAGAUAACCGAGUUUAAGUGGCAAAUUUGGCCUCUUUUUGGGCUCGAGAUAGCAGGGUCCAGUGACAUAAAAGAAUCGACAUAGCCGAGGAGAAAAUAGAAAGAAAAAGAGAGAAUUCGGCGGUUCCACUUGGAAAAACUUCGACAUUACAGAGUCGGUGACCAACCAAGGUCGAGAUAAGUGGGCUCGACUGUGCAUUAUUUUUUAAAAUACACUUUUAAUAUUAUUUUUAAAAAAAUUAUAAUUUAAGGUGGUCUGGUAUUUUAUUUUUUGCUCGAAAAAUUAAUAUGUUCAUCUUGUACAAUUUGUAAUGGUAUCUAAUUUUAAAAAAUUAAAACCGAAGCUAGAAAUAUGAAAUUCGUAAAUUUUCACAAUUGCAAAGUGUCGACAACGUGUCUCCACAUUAGGACAAUAAAUGAAUGUGUGUUUGCUAAGUUCUGCCACGCCUUUGAUCUAACGUACAUAUGACACAUGUUUGUUUGUGUGUCUCUGUGUAAUAGUGUGUGUGUGUGUGUGUGUGUGUGUGUGUGUGCAAGGCGCUGUUUGUUUGUUUUUUAGCUUGAACAUACUUUAUUUAACCCAAGUGAACUUUCGAAAAGUGAUAAGUUUGACUUUGCUUCAAAUGAAGAAGCCAUUGUGUUGUAUUAAUUAGUGUGCAUAAAUCAUUAUCAGAAUGGUGGAUUGACGGCGAAUUGAGCCUCUUGCAAUGUGCAAAAUUAAUGUACACCUCAAGCAGGAGUGUGGUCCCCUCGUUUGAAAAGUGUGAGACCAAACGAGAAUUCAUCUGCCAAUUGUGUAGGUCAAUUACCGUUUCUUUCAAAAGAGCUCACGUUGGUUUUUUAAUUAAUGUGUUCCAUCCAUCCAUCCAUCCAUCCAUCCAUCCAUCCAUCCAUCCAUCCAUCCAUCCAUCCAUCCAUCCAUCCAUCCAUCCAUCUAUCCAUCCAUCCAUCCAUCCAUCCAUCCAUCCAUCCAUCCAUCUAUCCAUCCAUCCAUAUAUAUUAUUUAUUUUUCAUGUAAUGCUAAAGUAACAACCAGCAUAAAAGAUAGUUGACAUACAACUACAUUUACUCCAUCCGCCUAUACAAUCCCUAAACGCCCUACGCUUUUUCUAUUUUGUUCAUUGUGACAGACGUCGGUGACCCAUGUGAAACAGCGCUGUCUCGUGGCGAGUAUUUUAACGAUGGAAACUGCUACGCACUGUACCACAGCACCAAGGUGUUCUUCGAUGCUGCCAAUGUAAGACUCUACUCAAAUAAAAAGCAGAUUGCUUAACAAAAACAAUCGAUUUUUUUUUGCGUGGCUAAUAACCAUAUGAACUGCAACUUGCCUAAGACGUUGUCAAUAGGCUGCGACUAUUCAUAACACAAAAGAAAACCGAAUAACAUUGGUCUAAUGGGACCCGGGUGCGAAUGGCGGCGCAUGCGCGUCCGGGGCCAUUUUGCCUAAAUACUAUUCGGAUGUCAUCUGUGGUAGUUUAUUUUAGUUAAACUGAAAAAAGUAAGUUUACAAAAAAAUAUUCCAUUCUAUUAGCUUUCAUUUGAAACCUCAUUUUGUCUUGAAAACCGAACAAUAGUAUUUUAAAUCGUUUUUUUUAAAAUCCCAACCUCUCAAAUCUGGUACCCGGGUGCGAAAAGCCACUUCGAUGUCAAUAUUAACAUAAAAAACCCGUAAAUCCUUAUUGCAAAUGUUCAUUCAUUAAUGUAUUGUACUUUAAUUCUUCCGGAAAAAAGAUUUUUGUAACUGAAGUAAACUACUUCAUUAGUUUAACAUUUAUUAUUGCUAAACUAUUGUAAUGGUGAAUUUAAAGUCACCCUGCUAAGUUUUUUGAUUAACGACCUAGUCGAAAAUAAAAAAUAAUUUUAAAAGAAUAUUAAAACUUGAUGCGUCAUUGAUGAAUUAUUGUAAAACGCAUUAAAAUAAUUUUUUCAGGAAACUUGCGCUGUCAAAGAGAGCAGGUUAGCUGAAUUCUUUUCAAUGGAAGCAUAUUACUACUUUAGAAACAGGAUGAAUUACUUAAUCGGUAAGUAUAAUGCAUAGUAUUGUAAGGGGAAAAUGGGAAACCAAAGGUAAACAAAAAUUUAUUUUUUUAAAAAGUAAAUAACAUAAACAUUUAUUAAGAAAACAUCGCCAUCUGCCAAUCUCGGUUGUCUCCGGUAGAGCAUUUUGUUUCAAAGCUCAUGUCUGCGAGUCGAUGACGAAGUGCUCCCUUUGACCCGAAACUUUUGUGUUUUCAUUGGUGGGGUUACCCCUUACGUGAUUGAUGAAUUGAAAUCCGGUAAAUCGAAAGAAUCUGCGCCCAGAGAUGUUUAGAGGCGUCUUGUUUUUUUUUUUUUUUGUUUUUUUUAUUAGCAGGCUGUCCUUGGUUUUUAAAUAGAUUAAUUAGAUACGAACAAUUUGUGUCAAAAUAACAAUAGAUGUUGAGCUUUAAUAAUAAUUUGACACACUACACAAGUAGACGUUUCGGCACAUGCCUUCAUCAGUAAGACAACAAAAUACUUAAAUAAAUAUAAAUUAAAUUUACGUAAUAUAUAACAAUAAUAAUACUAAUAAAGUUCAUUUCAAAAACACGCUUCAUCCCCAAAGGCUCGAAGCGCGGUAAAAAGUCAACAAAAAACAAAUUUAUAAUUUACCACAUUUAAAACAAACGCAACACUACAAAAACUAACUACAAGCGUACAAUGUCAAAGUCUUUCUAGCCAUUUCAACCUUAAGCAACACAGCUAAUAUGCAUUAAAUGGAAAAUAUGGUAGACAAUCAUCCCAGAAGGUGUUUGCGAAAUAAAUGUGUCUUUAAAUCGGUUUUAAAGGACUCCAGUGUCUGGAUGUUUCUGAGAUCAAGUGGAAGGGCGUUCCAAUAUAUACAUAUAUCCUACCUAAAAAAAGGAGAAAACAAAAUUAUUCAUACAUUUCUAAACGAAUAAACGCGUCAGCUUUAAACAGAUAUAAAUUUAUUAUUCUUUUUAAAAUGAGUUUUUCAAAAAAUUAUCACACUCUAUCAGUAUUAUACGCAUUACAGGUCACACAAGGUAGGUAACUUAUUUAAUGAAAAAGUAAAUCGAAAUUAAAUGGUUUCCCUUGAAUUACUUUUUCCAAAAUUGAAAAAAAUAAUUUAUUUAAAAAAACAUAAUGUUUGGAUAAAACGAGAUGCAUAGGAUGAAUUGAGAAUGUUGAACACUCCCACGAGUUACAUGCAUUACAUUUUUUUUCUUCUUCUCACAAUACUUUAAUGUCACGGAGCGGUUAUACUUAAAACCCUUCCUCUAGGUACUUUUCCGACUGUAAUUAUUUUGUGUACCUGUAUUUUUUUUUCUUUGAUAAAUUAUUAUUAUUCCUCCCUUUUGCCACAUGCGAUUUGCGCAUCGAUCUCUCUUCUUGUUUUGCGCAGCGAUCCUUCUUCUGACGGUGCGCACCGAUCCUACUUGUAAAGAUGCAUUUUAUCUUUGUUAUAUUUCUUACCUCACCCCAACCAUUUCCCCCCCCCCCCUUUUAAACCGAUUAGUUGAGAAAUUAAAGAGAAGUUUUAACUGUUUAUUCCAGAAAUAAAAAAAAAAAAAAAUUUAGAUGUAACCUUUAAGGUAUAUAUUUUUAAAGAGAUCACAUUAAGCCAUAGCAUAUGGAUACAUUAAGAGUAUAUACGAAGAUAAAUAAUAUAUACAUUAUUUGUACGUUCAAAAGUCUCAAAUAUCCUUUGAGGUCAAACUCAUACGGCAGGCACCUUUUGUUUCAGUUAACCUGAAAGAAUGUUUCUUUGUCAAUGAUUGUGAAAGUUCUCGGCUUCGAAAUAAGUUCAGAUUUGGUACUGUAACAUGAACGAUUGAGUGUUGGUGUAAGGAUACAGAGGUCUAAAAAUAGAAUAAAGCUGAAAUAGAAGAGAAGACACAUUGUAAAGGAUAUUAAGGUGCACUUGAUCGAAUGUUAUUAGUCUAAUCGAAUCGGGCGUAUUGUGACAGUAUUUCAAUCAAUCAUCAUUCCAUAAUUCAUAGAUGUGAAACUUAUUCUAUCUAGCCUGAUUUCCUAAUAAAUAGUAGAUAUGUUGAAAUUGGACUCCCCAAAUUAGCUAAUAUUAUAAUGCCACUGAUACGGUUGAUGAAAACACAACAAAGCAAAAAAGACUGAAUUGUGUAACAACUGUUACAAAGCGUUACAAACGAUAAAGGAGCCGUUUCAUAGUGAAAAAUUUUAACAGCACCAGAAUUUAACAAAAUGUUCCCGUUAGUGACGGAUGAAUCACAUGGACUAGGAGCAUGCCUUGUGUAAAUCUGAGGUGAAUUAUUCAACAAUAGAAAAUGAAUGCUUGGCAGUGGGUUGGUCACUUAUGAGACUGCCCAAAAAAAAAAAAUGUUUUGAGCCGUGUAUACAAUUUUACCAACCGAACUUGAGUUACUAAUGGCCUUGAACAAAAAGAAAGUAGCUAAUAGCAAGAUCAACAGAUGGACACUUAUAUUGUCAGACUAUCAUUAUGAAAUAAACACUAUAAAGGGUAGAUACAACAUUGUAAAAAAAAAAUUUGAUCAAGACAAAUAAUUAACAUUAAAACAUGUUAGUCAAAGAUUGCAAAUUGCUCACUUCACGUUUAGAAUGACCGUACAAAUAAACAUAUUCAAUGGACUAAUGGAUUAAUGGACUAAAAAGGUUAUAAUAUAUUGACAACUUGUCAAUUUACAAUGGUGUAUUUAUUUUUCAUUGAAUCGCACCCUGUAAAUGAUUUCAAUACUGGAAAAGAAACUAAUUCCACAAGAUGUUAAAUUGUUCACUGACACAUUGUGUUAAAUGGUUCACUGACACAUUGUGUUAAAUUGUUCACUGACACAUUGUGUUAAAUGGUUCACUGACACAUUGUGUUAAAUGGUUCACUGACACAUUGUGUUAAAUGGUUCACUGACACAUUGUGUUGUGUUAAUAGCCACAGUGGAAAGAUGUUCUGUAUAAACGCAAGUGGUGUCAAACAUUUUUUAUGACAAAAUCAUUUCAUGUGGAUCAAUUUAAACAAUGUAAACUUAUAUUUUUUUAAAGACACUAUCAAUUACACCAUGCUACUAUUUUAUUGAUGUUGUAUCAUGAGAUUUUUUUAAUAACUAACCCAAAAAAAUUCAGACUUCAUUUUUUUUUUCCAUUUGAUGCGCUUAAUAUGGACAUUCAAAGACUCAGUGACUUCAAAGCACUUCAAGUAAAUACUAAGGUCAUUGCUAAUUUUUAUGGAUUAAUUGAUUCUGAAUCAGUGUACGUAUUUUCGCAUCUGAUACUUAAGGCAGUGCAAUUAGGAUUCAAAAUCAAUUUUUGUCAGGUUUUCCGUGGGCUCAAUACACGUCAAACGUAUCUGUCAUCGGAUUAUCUUUAUCUUGUGCUGAAGACGAAAUCUAGUCAUAAACGUUUCACUCAACGGUCUUGUCUUUUCUUUUCAAACCUAAACACGCCUGUUCUAGAAAUUAUUUUCGGGUCUCAUAAAAGGCGUUCGCUAUUUUGCCAGUCUUGGUUUGGUCCAAAUCGUGGGAUAUUCAAGACAGCAGAGAACUUGCUGCAAUGAACAUGUGCAAAGCAUUUUAACACAAACAAUAUACACAAUAGUUCUAAUCAGGGUUUGAAGACCCACCAAACUCUUACACUAGUCAGCCUGUGUUUAGCUUAUGAGAAACACUAAUUAAUUAUCUUUGAAUCAUUUGAGUUUCAAAUAGUAUGUAUUCUGUUCAUGGUAUUAUUAUAUUCCUUUGUCGCCACCCCACCCCCCCCCCCUUAAAAAUAUUUUUAAAAAGACCAAAGACCAGUUCUAAAAAUAGCUAUAAUUCAGGCAAUGUAGGGUAAGUUGAAUUUAUGAUCUUGUGCUUGAAUAUAAAAAAAAAAGAGGGUAGUGGAUAACAUGUUGAACUAGUUUAACACAAUAGGGAAAUGGCCAAAAAUCCUAGGACGGGCCAAUCAAUUCUGCCAUGUUUGACUAGAGUCUAUCAUUGAAGCGCACACAAGGGUUCAUUGUAUUUGGUCAACAAACGUGCAUAACUCAUUCUUUGUUUAGGUGCAAGCUUUAGAGCGGUGGUUCUCAACCUGCGGGUCGCGACCACUUUUGGUGUCGAGCGUCCUUUACACAUGGUUCGCCUAAGACAGUCGGAAAACACGUAUUUACGACGUAGCAACGAGCAUAAUUUUAUGUUUGGGGGGUCACCACAGCAUGGGGAACUGUGUUAAAGGGUCGCGGCGUUAAGAAAGAAUUGUGCAUGAGAAAAAUAAUGUCAGAUUUGGUUCAAAUUUUUGAACCAUUAUGUAAACUAUCUUAUAGAUAUUUGAAAUUUAGAAAAAAACAAAAUCAGUUGUUGCACUCAGCAUAAAUUUUAAGCACCAACAGAUAUUUUCCCUAAAAAAAUGCAUCUAUAUUUUAAUUCCAAUAAAUCACCCCAAGGUUCACUUAGCGAUCCAAGCAUAUUCCUUGGUGGAAGUGACCUACUUCACGAGGGGGUAUUCACGUGGUUUUCGACGGACACCAACAUUUCCAUCAACGACUGGAUACCAAAUGAGCCCAACAAUGGCAACACCGGAGAACACCAUCUGAGUUGGAGAGUGGUCACUGGCGAAGAAUUUCAUCUAAAUGACGUCAACGGUACCGACAAAAAGGGAUUUGCGAUUUGCCAGAAAGGUCAACAUCUAUACGUCAUUUCCAAUGAGUGAAUUUAUCAACAAAUAAAUCGUUUUGUCACAGUGCUAUUUUUGUAAUUUGCUUUAAAUGCACUUAUUUUAACAAAUGAUGAUGGUGGUAUUAAUUAUUAAUAUAUUUUUGUUAAUGGUGUUUCCAAAAUGUAUUAUAUUUUACAAUAGUUUUUUUUUUCUUCGUCUUUGACUUAGAUGUCCUUAACAUAACCUACUUAAUCGUGCUACCGGACAGUGAUGUCUCAGUGGUGAAAUCGUCAGUCAUUCAAGUAACAUCAGGUUCGCAGCAAAGCAUGAGAACUCUUUGUAAAAUUUAGGUUCAUAUUUUUUUUAUUUAUUAAAUAAACUCUUGAUCGUAGAAGCCUUAAAUUAAUUUUUUUUUAAAAGAGGAUGGGGGUGGGGUUUGGAGAUGUGUGCAAGAUCAAGACCAGAUCACUUAGCUAUAAACGACGAAAAAUAAAGAGUGCUUUUUUUAAGGGCAGUGGGCAUAUUAUGGGCACAUGAAGGUAACCACACAUAAAGGUAAUCUAAACUUUAUUAUAUUUUUGUGAAAAAAAAUAUUGCAAUUUAUUGUCGUUAGAGUUAAAUUUAUUUUAAUAAAUUAGACAGACAAAACUAACCCCUUUUUUUUUUGUUCUAUUUUAUUUUCAAUUUGUAUGUCCGCACAUUAUUUUUAAUUUAAGCCGUGCGGAUAAAAUUCAAAUCUUUUUAGCCAUCUCAAACCGGCGAGGAAUAUUAAAAAUAAUUUUGAUUGCUUUUUUGUAAUUAGUUUCUGCUUUUGAAAUAGUAGUGUGAUUUGUAUUAUUAUUAUUAUUUUUUUUAAAAUGGUUAAAUAGUUCAUUUAGUGUCCACUACUUACUUAUACAUAAUUUUGUUUAAUGGCUAUUGUACGACAAGUAUAUUAUAGAAUUAUAACGCCGAAAUAGUCUGACAUAUCUACUUACUCGACUCCUUACGUUUUUAACUUAGGUGAUUUGGAGGUCACCUACCUGCAUUUCACGCAACGCCUGAACGACAUGCAGGUAAAUACGACCUACGAUUGGGUCACCUCAUACCAUGACGUCAUCUACACCGUCGACAGCACCAUUGAGAUGUCAGGCACUGGUAAGGUCGCAUUCUCAAAAUUGUUUAAAUUUAUUAUAAAUAAACACCCCCAAAAAAAUUUUUAAAAAAAAUAUUUCAUUCAGUGUGUCAACGUGUAGUUUUUAAACGUUUAAACAUAUUGACUUUUUUUAUAUUGAAUACGAUUAGGGGAUAUUUAACAAUUUGUACAAAACGUUUUAAUAUUUGGUGAAUCGUUGAGUUCAAUACAGUAGUAUCAGAUUCUCAGUAAAUAUAUAUAUACAAUUUAAAAUUACGACAACAAAAACAAAUGUAACUUUUUAUUGUGUAACUCAUCAAAUUCCACGACCCGUUACCUUUCCUGUCAACUUCUACCGGCCAGGCAUCUACCGCGGGGUCGUCCAGCUGAGGGCAAACCAUCACGUGACCGUUGUGCUCCAUCAAACUUCCGGCAGCGAGGUUGGAACGACUCUGGUGUUUCCGGUGGACCUCGUCACGACCGGGUAUUUCGUCUUAACCAACGCGUCACAGGAGUCAGGGAGUCAGGUGGGGCGCCUUCUUCGAUUAAACGAUAAUGAACACAAUAAAAAUAAAAAAACAACAUAUCCUGUGUCAUUAGUACAUACUAUCUCGAAAAAAAAAUAUUUACAAAAGAAAUCACAAACUGUUAUGUAUUGGUGGACUAAACAGCGAAUAUAGGGGGAAACAAAAAGUAAAUUUUUAUUUCUGUAAAGGUUCAAUGGUUCAUCCAUAUUUAUUUUUCAAUACUGAAAUUCCUUUAAUCAGUUUAGCACAUUUUAUUGCGGAAUAGUGUUUACCCCACUCAGUAAGUCUCGUUAAGUCUAAGCAUUAGGAAGUCUAUCUCCUAAGAAACCUGUAUGGCUUUAUUAGCCAGAGAAAAAAAUCCGGUAAAUCAAUAUAUUUUUAUUAUAAAAAAAGAAAUACAAGCCACUCUCAACGUGUACGCUGUUUACAUCGAGUAAUUUUCAUCAUCAGAUUACAAUAACCGCACUCAACAGUGAUACCGACGUCACCGUCAAACUACCAAGGAAACAACUGCAACCCUUUACAAUCAGCGUCGGUGGAUUCACAAUUCAGUACGUGGAGUUAAAAUAAUAAAUGUAUGUGAGGACGUCAGGCAUUUGUGAUAUAGAAAGAACGGGGAUGUUGGUAUAUUAAAGAUCCAAGAAAAAACUUCAUAUAUAUUACAUAAAAUCUCUUGCCCUAUCUAUACGCAUGGCCGAAAAAUGCUAUUUUCAUAUUAAUGGUUUUAGAAAAAAAAACUGGAAAUUCUUAAGAUAAUAAAAUUAAACACAUUUUUUUUUUAUAAUUCACCUUUCAUAACGAGAAAGCUUCUCAUAAUACAAUACUUAGGGGUAAAAAUUGUAUCUCUCUAUUAUAGACACGCUGACAAGGCAACGAUCCAUCUCGAUCAGCUGGACACCGCACACUUGCAAUCGUCAGAGGACUUCAGUGGAUCGUUUGUCUAUGCCACUAAGCCUGUCGUUGUGUACAGUGGAUCUAAAAAUGUGCAGGUGUUUUAAAAAAAAAGAAAAAUAAUUACUGAUGCUCUCCUAUUUGAGACAACAUAACCGAGCUAACCUUUCAGUGGCUCAGUGUUCUAUAAACAAUUAAUAUAUGGUUAUAUGUGGUGAGAGGGAAACUUAAUUCACGUAUAUUUUCAUCUAUUGAAAGUAUGAAUGUUAUGUGGUGUUGCAUAAGCGAUCAUAUCGGCAAAUAGGAAUGUGAUGUAGAGUUGCAUUAGCGAUCAUAACGGAAAAUAGGAAUGUUAUGUAAAUUUGCAUAAGCGAUUAUAAUGGCAACUAUGAAUGUUAUGUAGAGUUGCAUAAGUAAUCGUAGCAGCAAAUAGGAAUGUUAAGUAGAGUUGCAUAAGAGAUCAUAACGAAAAAAAAUGAUUAAGGUACCAUGUAAAUUAUGUUUCAGAGAGUGUCAUUUCAUGUCAUGCACGCUCAUAGUAUGUUAUGUACAGAUGCAUGCGCUGCAGUGCUCAUUGUGCAGAUACUACACCCAAAAGUAGGUGUCACUACAGCAUGCGCGAAAGGUGACAGCCUUGAAAAUAAAAGACCAACACUAUUGCCUUGCCUCAUCCGUGAAAUGUGUUCCCCGUGAAAUAGAUCAGCAUAAACGCCAGUAGCGUUAAUCUGAAGCUCUAACGUUUUGUUAUUGAUUUAAGCAUGUGGGCAUUGGUAUGUAUGCUCUGACGGUUACACUUUUGGUGGUAGAAAAUAAUUUCAUGUUUUCUCCAGACGGCCGAGAACACUUGGGACCACACGCUUGACAUGUCCGUACCAGUGGACAGCCUUUCCACAGAGUACGUCACAUUUCCAUCGUCCAGCUCCGCGUCGGACACAUUUCGUCUGCUCGCCCUGUACGACGACACGGAGAUCGCGGUACGUUUCAAAUAA